UCGCCGGAUGUGGUUCUAGGAAUAUCACGGAAUAUGAAAAAAAUGCAUCGAAGAAAUCAUCGAAGAGAAAAUAUUCCUUAUUAUUGAUUUGCAAUAUCAUUCGCAGCGCAGACACAAACCUCGCCAAUGACUUACGUUUUUGAAAUAAUAAAUGAAAGCCGUAAUAUACAUUUUAUAUUUAUUGUUAAUUGGAAUAAUUAAAAUGGGCUGUUUUCCGCCAAUUUAUUAAAAAUUUACCCGCGAUUUAGUUCAACCACUAGAACCAUCGGUCAAAUAUCGCACACCGUUCGCGGUAAUUGUUGGCGGCCAGCGCAAUGGUCCCAUCAUUCCACAUCAGCCCCUCUCGCACACACACACGCCCGCACGCCCUCGCGCUCACACACCCGCACACACACACAUACAGAGGCAGUGGACACGAAACGAAAACAAUUAUUUUGCAUCGCAGUCGAUAAGUUAAAAACGAACUAGAACGCAUUGGAAUCAUGUCAGCGGCUGGCAGAUCGGACGACGAUCCCGGUCAGAAUUCGGCUGUGGACCAAGAACCUGAUCCGGGGCAAUCGACGCCAGCAGUGGCCGAAAUCGCCGCCUCCAGUAUACGAUCGGGACUGGCCGAGCUAGAACUGCGAUCCUCGCAAGUGCUACAGCGUUUGGAGAACGUAAAGGUGUCGUCGUCUUCGCCCGAGCAUCCCAAUCUCGACGAGAGUCCCGAAGGGGAGGGAGAUGAAGAUGAUCCGACGGUGGCAGUGGCCAGCGGAGAUCAGCGGCAUAACCUUCUGCCCGCAGAGCAUCGGGUGCCCUCCGAUAUCCUCAAGUCCUUGGAACAACUGGUCUCCUACACUGACAGCGACGACGAUCCGGAGUUCCCACUGCCCGCGUUAGACGAUGUCUCCCAUUUGGCGCUCAUCUCGCACAGCAUUGUGGCAUAUCUGUCGCAUCUGGAUCGCCAGCAACUGCUGCGGGUCACGAAUAGCAUUUCCGGCGAUGCCACCCGCUGGCUAGGCACGCUGUUCCACUUUGCCCAUCCGGCGAGCAGCUUCCAUGCGGACAAUGCGGACGCCGUGUUGCGUACAGUGCGUCUCGCCAUUGUGGCCAGGUGUCCGGGGUAUUUGGAGGGCGGAAUACCAGCUCUGGCUCAGCCCACGUUCUACAUCUCGGAGAACACGACGCCGGUGAGGCUCCAGUACGCCUGUCGGCAGCUAGGCAUUCCGCUGGAAGCGAUUAAGGUCAUACCCGAGCACAGUCAGUACGGAACUAUGGAUGUCACCCUGCUGCAGAAGCAAAUCCAACUAGAUGUGGGCAAUAACAGGACGCCGCUGCUGGUCGUCGCCGACAUUGGAGCCUCGCUGUGCGGCUAUGUGGACAAUCUGCUGCGGUUGCGGGACGUAUGCAAGGCGCACAACAUGUGGCUGCAUGCCAGCGGUCAUGGACUGGCUGCCUUGGUCUGCGCCCAGAAUCAGGGCCACGUCGAGGAGGUGCUCCACUCAAUGGCCCUGAAUCUGGGAAGCUGGCUGGGCGUACCUAGUCUGCCGAUUGUCCUCUUGCAUCGUCCGCUGCUAAACAGCGCGCUGAGUGCCUUCGAAUCCGAUCCGAUAUUGUCGCGUCGCCUCAACGCCUUGUCCCUGUGGACCAGUCUUCAGGCUUUGGGCCGAAAGGCAAUUGCCGAGCGCCUUCAUGUGGCCUUCCAAACGUGCAGUAUUCUCUUCGAGAUUGCCUCCAAGUGCGAGGGCAUCCGGGUGUUGAGCCACACGCCUGGAGCGCAGACCGGAGCCUCUUUGUCGGAUAUCAUCCAAAGUCCCUUCGAUAUCCAGGCGCUUUUCGAUGCCGCCGCCCCUGUGGUCGCCUAUCAGUUCGAUGGUAGCACUACCAUUCCGCUGGGGGGCAGUGGCUCUUCUGCCGCCGUUGCCGCCGAGCGGGAAUCGGCCGAAGGCCUGAAGCCGCUGGAGAAGAUUAACAAUGCUUCCUACUUCGACCGCCUCAAUUCCUGGCUGGGUCAAAUUCUCCAACGAGACUGUCCCAAUUUUGAUUUCGAGGUGAUUGAACAUCCGACGCACGGCAGCUGCAUUCGUUACUGCCCUCUGGAAUUGGGCUUGGGAGAACAGCCCCCGAGCUCCGAGAAUCUAGAGAGCUUCGCCCAAAGUUUAGAAGCUCAUGUGGACAUCCUGCGGGCAACGAUCAAGCACAAGGCGCGCUUCAUCCAUCUGGUUGAGCGCAGCGAGGUGCUGCGCCUCGUCCCGCUGCCGGAAUGGGCGGGCAUGGGCGGUGUGCGUUUUGUGCCCGAAGGCUGGGAGUCUCUGCUAACGGACCAGGCCAAAACGGAGCUAAACAAGCUCAACAUCGAUCUGGUGGAGGCUUUAAAGUCUACGGACAAUGCCUUUUCCCUGGGCGAGGGCACCGAUGGUCUGAUUUGUGUGCGAUUCGGAAUGGUGACCCAUGAAACGGAGGUCGAGGAGCUACUGGAUCUGGUGGUCACGGUGGGCAAAAGUGUGCAGGAAAACUCGCGGGUAUUAGACACCAUGUCUGAGAUUGUCAAAAAGGGGAUUGAGGCGGUGACUGCGGAUCUGCAACGAGAGUCGGAGGAGAAGCUGUGGCAGGAGGGCAUCCUGCGGCACGUGCCCGUGGUGGGUCGCGUCUUCAACUGGUGGUCACCGCCGGCCAAGGAGUCGGGCAUCAAGGGGCGUAGCCUCAAUCUCACCCAGGGUGUGGUUGAGAGCACAGAGAACAUUUACAAGUACCACAUGCAGAUGACUGGAGCCACCGCUCAUCAGUUGCCAGCGAAUCGUUCGCCACCCACGCCCAUGGUGCAGACUCCUGUGGGCGCCCCGUCGUCGCCGCCAGUCUUUCCCAUAGUGGAACCCGUGCCCGGUAACGUAUCCGCCUCCGGAUCGGGGGAAGCCACGCCCGUUCAGCCGGCAGAAGUUACGGUAUCGGGAUCAGUUGUCGCAGGAGCGACACCGGCAUCCCCGCCCACACAAAACCAUGUGGAUCAUGCUCGCACUGUCAGCCAGAGCAGUGCCGCCUCCUCCAACGUUCCCGAACUCGUGGCCGCAAACAGUGCAAUUAACAAUAACAAUUAACAAAACUUUAGUAAUUCAAACAUACCUAUAGAUGAACAGCAGAAAAAGCGGAAACUUUUAGAUCAAGGCAGAGCCGGCAAAAUGGAUUUCAAAGUGGGAGAGGCCUUAAAAAGCAGCAAUAUCAAACAAGGCUUAACAAAAACACGUAGACAAAAACAAUUAACAUGAACAGAUUACCAUACACUUAUAUAGAAGGCUUCAUUUUACCAUCCCCUACUAAAAAAAAAAACACAAAACGAAAACAAAAUAAUUCCAAAGAUGAUUGUUUGCCUAAAAUGAUGAUAACGCAAAAUCCAAUUUAAUUGCUUUUAUGUAUUUAUAUAUAUAUAUUGCUAUUCCUAUGAUCUUAUGUAUCUCUAUAUUAUAUAUUAUAUUAUUUUAUUAUACUUUA